AUGUUUACUGCUAAAAAAUCUGGAAUAGCUUUCACAGUUUUUGGAAUUGUACUGAUACCUAUUGGUAUUAUAUUACUAACGGCGUCAAAUAAUGUUGUAGAAUAUCUUGUGGACUAUACAGAUUGUACUCAGAAUGGUACUGAAGAGUUAUGCUCUCAAGUAAUUGCCUUGGGGAAACCGUGUGUUUGUGUUAAACAUAUUUCUGUUGAAUCGUCUAUUCCUGGACCUGUUUAUUUAUAUUAUGGUUUAAACAACUUUUAUCAAAAUCAUCGACGAUAUGCACGAUCUAAAAAUGAUGAACAGUUGCUUGGUAUUUAUCAAGACCCAAGCUCAUUAUCUUCGUGUAACCCAUAUGUAUCAAUUGAGGGUAAACCAAUACUUCCAUGUGGUGCAAUCGCAAACAGUAUAUUUAAUGACACAUUUAUUCUGACAUAUAUACGGAAUAAUAAUACCAAAGUUACUGUCACAACCACAUCAAACGGUAUAGCAUGGCCUUCCGAUGUCAACCGCAAAUUCGGGACCUUGAAUGCAAACGCUCUCAAUAAUACAGUCAAGCCACCUAAUUGGCCUCAACCAAUUCAAGCGAGAUCUUCAGUCCAUUUAAGACUGAUGAAGCUCUAUUACGCUUUUGUAGUUCAUAAAGAUGAUUUCUCAAAUGGUCUACCCUCAGGAACGUAUGAAAUUGUUAUUAACUACUUUUAUCCAGUUACUUCAUUUGGUGGUAGAAAAACAUUUAUAUUAGCCAAUGCUAGUUGGUUAGGUGGAAAAAAUCCAACACUUGGAAUUAUUUGUUUAAUUACUGGCUCUAUACAUAUAUGCCUUGGUAUAGCAUUCCUUAUUGUGCAUUUUGUAUAUGGUAAACGAAAAGCUCGUCAAAGUCCACCAGUCUUUUCAUGA